CCCAAAGGCGGGGUGGUGCCAGGUGCGUCCCAGGUCUGUAAGCGCCACACUCGGCCGAGGAUCUGGAGAGGAGCCACAGCUCAGUCCUUCACAGACCGAACAAGGAUGGCCAACUUCAAGGGGCAUGCGCUGCCUGGAAGCUUCUUUCUGCUGUUUGGGCUGUGGUGGUCCGUCAAGGGGCCUUGGAUACGGUGCGCCCGGCAGCGCUUCAACACAGGAAGGAAGAAAGCACCUUCUGUCUCCCGGAAAAUCGAUUUGAUCGAGGGGUCAUUGAAAGUUUUUUUUGCCUUUGUUGGCAUUAUGGCAGAACAGUUUGUCCCAGAUGGGCCGCACGCACAUUUGUACAAUAACGGCUGGGUCAAACUGAUGAACUGGCAGCAUAGCACUAUGUAUCUCUUCUAUGGCCUCUCGGGUGUAGCGGACAUCCUCUGUGCCACCUCACGCUUCGUCCCUCAAGGCCUCGACCGGAUGGCGCUCGCGCUCGCUCUGUUUGUUGAAGGAUUUCUGUUUUACUACCAUUUGCACAAUCGCCCUAUGUUGGACACGCAUGUGCACUCUCUCCUGCUGGUGGCAGUGUUUGGUGGUGCUGCCAGUACGGCUUUGGAAGUCUUCCUCAGGGAGAACGCUGUACUAGAGGUCCUCAGAUGCAGCCUGGCCAUCCUUCAAGGCUCCUGGUUCUACCAGAUUGGUUUUGUGCUGUACCCACUGAGUGGACCGGAGUGGGACCAGACUGACCACAACAACAUGAUGUUCAUCACCAUGUGCUUCUGCUGGCACUAUGCUGUAGCACUGCUCAUCACUGGUGUCAAUUACGCUGUGGUCUGGAGGGUUGUGGGGACCUGUGCCAACAAGCCAGUGUCUACUAUGGAGAUGGGACUGAGGAAAAACACAGCGGAUAGCUCACACAAGUCUUUACUUCAAGAAUCUGAUGAGGAGUGAAGAAUGAAAGCGCAUUUUUGCAAGUUUCGGACUAAAUCAUAAAGAUUAGAAUUGAAUUGUAAAAUUGAGUAGAAUGGAGUGACCUUUGGGAUUUGACCUUUGACCUGAUUACUUUAACACUCCAAAUAUCUCUCUAACAAAAAUAUUGUCUCAUUAUACUCUGUAUGCCUUUAUUUACCCUAAAAUGUGAGGUGUUAAAACUGUGUCCAUUCUAAUUUUGCACAUCAUCAAUGCACUGUGUCUGCUCUUUUUUUUUUAGUGUUCUGAUCUUUAUUCACCAAUUUCAAGAUGAAUCAUGUACAUAAUAGUGAUGUCAUUAAAGCACCUGUUUUGAA